GCGCCGAGCAGUGCGGACGCGCUCUCAACGGCUCCGUCUACGAUUGUAUCCUGUUGCGGCCAAAAUCAACGGACAUCUCCCGAAAUUGCAUCAGAUAUACCGGAAGGCGUAAGGAUGUCGCCGAUACCAAGUUUUUGGUGAUGCGAAUCCCGGUUCUUCCGAAAUCGAAUACCAUCGCCUGCACUUCGACUCGCCACGCUAACCCUAACAGCCGGUGCGGAGAGCGCGACUCCAGGAGCCCGUACGCGGUCUAACCGCUACGUGGCGAGCAGCACUCCACCCGAUAUGGACCCGGACCAACCAAAGACCACAACGCACAAGGACCAGGACUCCGAAAAUUAAAUGGAGGCAGUCACGAGUGUUGAUGACGACUUUCUCUCGCCUGACGAGGUGAAUUACGGGGAGUGCGCCACCGACGCUGAGAACGCCGAGGACAUCAGCAAGCAAGGUCAGUGGCAAAUAGCAUUAUCCCUACGAACGCGCAAGAAAAUAAGACAAGAAGCGCGGACCACCGAGUCGAAUGGCGGGGUCAACCACCCCAACCACGAAGCCAGGAUGGAGCAACGCGCCGGAGACGCUCGGCGCGUCGCGCUUGCGCAAGAACACCGGGGGCGCCCUAGCUCCGGAGGAGCAAGCGACGGGGCCCGUAACGUAAUAUUACCUACAGGAGAGAUAACUAUGAGACGACGCAUGGCGGAAAGGGGCCACCCACGCCGAAAAGCACCCCCUCUACCCAAGAAUGACAUGAAAAUCAUCAUUAGACCGAAACCAGGAUUGGCGAUUCGGGAACUACGCACGCAUGAGGUAUCCAGAGCAAUAGUCCAGGCGUGUGGCGGACCUGCAAACAUCACAGGAGACGAUUUCUUGCUGCGGAUACGGCCGGGCUCUAACAUCGUCAUAGCAAGCACACCCGAAGAACGAACAGCGGAACGGAUCCUGAGAAUCAAGGAGCUGGAGCUGCGAGGCAACAGACAUUCUGUAAACACCUACAUCUCCACGCCUGACAACCUCCUUAAGGGAGUCAUACAUGGACUGGAGCCUGGAACUACAGAAGAGGAACUGAUCAACAACCUAAGAGUGCGGACGCAAGGGGUGCGAAUACUCUACGCCCGUAUGCUUGGCAAAUCGAGGACGGCAGUGCUGACGUUCGAUGGCCCCAUCGUGCCACGCUACGUAUAUUACUACGGUGGCGAGACGCCAUGUAUACCCUACCAACCCACUCGACAAUACUGCAAGAUAUGCCAAAAUCAAGGACAUAGGACGGAUGUCUGUCCAACGCCCACUAUAAAGGCUUGUGCGAAAUGUGGCCUCCGCGACCCACCAGUGGACCAUGAGUGUGAGCCCAAGUGUGUUCUCUGCGGGGGAGCUCAUCCUACAGCGGCACCAGAGUGCACCAAAAAACUGAAGCGCGUCCCGCAAAGGGGAAGACAGCGUGUGAGACAACAUAACCAGGUCACAGGGACCCCCAAGAAGAGGUGGCUCAGUUCGGACCGAGAGAACUCUGACUCGCCGGCGAGGUCCCGCUCGCGUACCAGGUCGACCUCCCGAGGCCGAUCCAACUCUCGGGGCAGAAAACAGGAGGAGAAGCAAAGCAACAGCCAACAGAAGAGCAAGAAACAACCUCCAAAGAAUGAAGGCGACAAAAACAAGGUGUCUUGGUACCGUGCCGGGUCCGGCGAGCUUCUCUCCUUCGACACCCGCAUGCUGACGUCGGACGCGCGGGUCCACUCCGAUCACAGCCGGCCCAGCUCGUGGCAACUGCGAGUGUCCCGCGUGAGGGUCUCGGAUGCCGGCCUGUACGCGUGCGUGGUCGACUCCACGCCCAGGCUGUCGCAACUCGGCGCUCUCGAAGUGCAUACCCUCGUCGAAGACAAACGGCACGGUGCCGUUCCAUUUUCCAAUGCUGCUUCGUGGUCAAGUUCUCCUGCCACGAGACAACUUCACCGGGGACGACGAAAGCCGAAAAGGAGAAAACAUCGUUUCGUGCAGGAGCAACAAGAAAAGAAAGAUGAACUGAUCAGCAAGGACGAACCGUACUUUCCUGAGCCAAUACCGAGCCUCACAGUUGCGGCUGGCCGGAAUGCUGCACUCAAGUGUGUCGUAGAAAAUUUGGGUAACCAUACGGUGGCGUGGCUUAACGUGGACAAGCAGACACUGCUGGCCCUGCACACGCACGUGAUCGUGCAGAACGAGCGCAUCCGAGUGAGCCACGCCGGUCAUCGCGUCUGGCAGCUUGAGAUCCGUGACGUGAGGCCCGACGACACCGGCUACUACAUGUGCCAAGUGAACACGCGCCCCAUGAAGAACCAGGUCGGGUACCUCAACGUGGUCGUGGCUCCGUACUUCGUGGACUCCUUUGGACCCCGGAAUUUGACAGCACGCGAGAACAGCAACGUGAGUUUCCGCUGCGAGGCGAGCGGCAACCCCGAACCCAAGGUCUCUUGGCGGCGGGAAGACGCACAGCCAUUCCGCGUCGCCGACCAGAAAGUGACAGUCUACAGAGGACAGGAGCUGUUGUUCAAGAGGGUCUCCCGUUCCCACAUGGGCGCUUACCUGUGUCUCGCAUCCAACGGAGUGCCACCAUCCAUAAGCCGACGCAUAUUCCUCGAAGUCACCUUCACACCUAUGAUCUGGGUGCCCAACCAAGUCGUGGGCGCACCCCUGGGCUCAAACGUCGUCCUGGAAUGCCAUACGGAAGCCCAUCCACCUUCCGAGAACUUCUGGUUUCGUAGCUCUCAUCGCCUAGACACCGCAGUCACUAACAUCACGUUCGCCACCUCACACGACUCGCGGACCAAGCAAAAGAAGUCCAAAAGGCACGAGGCUUACAUCACGCGGACAGGGUUGAAGGUAUACAUGAAGUUGUCGAUAAAAAAUCUGCGGAAAGAAGACUACGGCACUUACCACUGCAUGGCACAAAACGCUCUCGAUAAAACGGAAGGCAAGAUACAGCUUCACGAAAUCGAGGCAGCGAUGGGGAAAACGGAGCCAUCGACCGAGAUUUCGACGUCUACGUCUUCGUCAGGAAAAAGUCAAGGUGGCGCUGACUGGACUCACCGGAAACCGACAAGCAACACCGUGUCAGGAGUCAAGAACUCUGACAAAACACAGGGCCGUUGGGAAGUGCAGCACUUUCAAGAUGGCAUUCACAACAAGGAGUCUUCCAGAGGACAAAAAGGCGGGCGUUCCCAAACCUCUGCAGGAGCGGCGCAGUCAGCCAGUGUGGCUAUUUUGGCUGCGCAACUGUGGCUUCUGCGGAUAUGGUCGCCCCAAGGCUGAGUCGACACGUACCCCGGACAUUACCGCCUUCGCUUGCGUGACAACUCAGGAAAUGUGAUGCGUCAAGCUGUUCUUGCCAAAGAUUCCGUGGCGCCGUGCAGUUCUCUUGCGACAUGCGUCUAUUUGUACACCCGUGAAAAAUGAUCGCAGGCCGCUCCUGUAGGUGACGAAUGUGCGAAUGUAUUGAUUUUCCUGCGAUGACUGUUGGCUUCCACAAAACGGUAGACUACCCGAAUCGACGGUGGUGGACCCUCACUUACCCCGCCACCCACGGCAAACAUACCGUGUUCCAAGAUAUAGCAAGUUGUGAAUUGAUCAUGUCUAUAUGUGUUCAGAGUUUCUUGCAUAUUAAAGUACUUAAGGUGGUGUCCGCCAUUAA